AUAGUGGACCACCCAGCAGGAAUCCAGGAAGCCACACUAGGUGGGGGUUUGGAAAGUAUGGAAUGCGAUCUUACAGAAUCCCCUACGUGGGCCAGGACGCUCUUCUAGAUCCCUACCUAGCUGGGGGCCAGGCACAUUCUUGCAAGAUGGGAAUAGGGUCCCCAUUCCAAAGAUGAGUACAUUGAGGCACUGAGAAGUUACCUCCCCAUGAUCCUACCACCUGGAAUUGGUGCAGCUGGAAUUGAGUUCAGGUUUGACAAAGUUCUUGCUCUCACCUCCAUCUCUUGCUUCCCAGAAGCCCUGCUCCUCUGUGGGUGAUUCCAGAUGCAUGAAUCAGACACCUUGCCUGGGUCCAUAAUCAACCCCACUGUGCAUUAACCUUCCAACUCUCACAUGGACGGGGGUCUAGGGUGUGUCUGGGGGAGUCAGUAGUCCCUACCGUCGUGGACCCUGCCCUACAAGACUGCACAGCUGGGGAUGGAGUGGAGUUUCUGUUGAUAACCAGUGGAACUGAACAGGUGAAAUUUACCAUGACGUCAAACUAUCCUCAAAUUCAUGCUCACUUUAAGAGUGUUUUUCCUUGGUCACCACCCCUCCCCCUUCCAUCAAUGACCUCAACGCAAAUACAAGUGGGAUGGUCCUGCUGGAUGCUCCAGGUUCUGGACGCAAGUGGUGACACAAUCCAUCGGGGCACAGGAUCUUUCCCCUCAUUGGCUGCCCAGACCUCCUGGACCACCCUGGACCCAGAGCAGCAGGAAUAAGAGCAGCAGCCGGUGCUGGGAGGCAUGAGAGCCACUGUCCAGCUCAAGUGCCAUUGACACUUCACAGUGCUGUCCCCUGACGUCGACGCUGCUGGUGCUGCCGCCUUCUCUGCUCCAAGCUACUUGCUGCCCGAGAGGCGUCAUGGGCUUCUGGAAGUUCUCCCCCUUCCUGCCUCUUAGCAUCUUGGUCCUGUACCAGGCGAGCAUCCUCCAGGCAGCACCAUUCAGGUCUGCUGUGGAGAGCCGCCUGAAUCCUGCUGUGCUCACUGAGGAGGAAUCGCAACUCCUACUGGCUGCACUGGUGAAGGACUAUGUGCAGAUGAAGGCCAGUGAGCUGGAGCUGGACCAGGAGACAGAGGGCCCCAGCCUGGACAGCCCCAGAGCUAAGCGGUGCGGUAAUCUGAGUACCUGUGUGCUGGGCACAUACACGCAGGACCUCAACAAGUUUCACACGUUCCCUCAGACUGCAAUUGGGGUCGGAGCGCCUGGCAAGAAAAGGGUCAUGGCCAGAGGCUUGGAGAGAGACCACGGCCCUCACAUUGGCAUGUCCCAGGAUGCCUACUAAGCCCCUCCCUCUCCUUGCUAAUUUCCUUUCUGGCUUCCUUCCUAUAACUUGAUGCAUGUGGUCCUCUCUGCUUGCUCUUCGGGCUGGUAUCAGUGGCUUUUUUAUAGCAGUGAAUGUCUGGAACCUCAGUUGGGAGGAGAGAGAGCAGGACCUACAGGCCAGAAGAGAAUCACCCAAGAAGUGAUCAGAGAGAGAAAGGGGGCAGCCCUAUGAGUCCCCAAGGAUUUCAUAGCAGAGCUUCUCAGUCCUGCUUCUGAAUGUGCUUGUCAUUGAGGAAUAAAAGUAUAUUUCUAC